AUGCAGCUACAGCAGCAGCCUGGCUGCGUUUGGUUCUAUUCCCCGCACUUCUCGUCAGAGUAUGCCCCGCAGCUGCAAAGGUACUGCGAGGAUCUCCGAACUGCCUCGCAGGAGAUCCAAGGAUUCCUCGAUGUGGCAGAGUCGGAGAACAGUCAACUCCAGCAGGAAAUCUCUGAGAUGCAAGAGGUGAUGGAAGCACAUCACCUACAGAAGGCUUUGAAAGCCAUUUCCGAGAAAAGAGGUUCUUUGCAGCUCACGGUCUUCGCUGAAGGUGACAGCCUGGCUCAUGAACUCCAGCAGGAAGAGCCCCAGUCAGAUUAUGUCAAGGAAGCCGAUGCCCCGGUGCAGAAUACGAGAAGCGUCAGCAUUGCGGAGGAGCAGACAUCACAACAGCGACAAUCAUCUCGAUGA